GAUGUCUCCAGCGUAAGCGCUGUCAUCGCAACGUUGUUUUUCUGCUGGAGGUUCAACGAGAGCGGCAGAGCCUCAACAAGUUAUGGGCUCGUCUGGAAGCACCAGGAGGGUUACAAUCGUUAACGAAAACUCCCCAGAUGUCAUAAAGAUAUCGGACUCCGUCGUGAAGAGGCUGAAGGGAGAAAGCGACGCGAUUUCAUCCACAGUGGCCCGCCAGACUGCUGCCGGUGCGCCGUACGAAAUGCGGGCCGCCGCGGGAGACAGCCUCCAGGGCCGAAAGUUGAACCACGACGAGCUGAAGAAAGUGGACGACGUCUGGCGAGAACGUUUGAAGGAGGUGGAGCGCCAGAACCAAGAGUUGUACAAGCUGGCGACCGAUAAAUUCGCCGGUGCCGUUACGCAAGUGGAGGAGCGAUACACGCAACAUAAAUGCACACCCGUGUGCGAGGGGCACCAGCAGAAAGUGAUGGAUUGUUAUGCGAAGAACCAGCGUGCGCCAUUAAAUUGUUCCAAGCUCGUCGAUGCGUUCACAAAGUGUGUUCACGAGGCGAGGAAAGACAUUGUAGCUCAGUAAGAUGCAAGUUAGGCGCGUCUGAUGUCAUCUGGGUGACGUUGAAUCCUGCCUAUAUGAAUUGAUUCGCCUGUUAGAAUAAUAAAGCUAACAUGAUAAGCGUUCUCUUGUUUAUGAGCUGGCAUAUGGAA